AAAAAAGUUUCCUCUUUUGAAAGUCUUAAUACACAUCUCAUUAAUCAAUCAAUAUGGAAAACGAUAAGGGCCAACUCGUCGAACUCUACGUCCCACGUAAGUGUUCUGCUACCAACAGAAUCAUCAAGGCCAAGGACCACUCUUCCGUUCAGAUCAACGUUGCCAACGUCGAUGCUGAAGGUAAGGCUAUUCCAAACUCUAACGUCACCUACGCUUUGUGCGGUUACAUCAGAGGUCGCGGUGAAGCCGAUGACUCCUUGAACAGAUUGGCCCAGAACGACGGUUUGUUGAAGAACGUCUGGUCUUACUCCCGUUAA